AAACAUUGAUCACUUCCCUCUACACUUCCUGGUGUAGUGUGAGUUCAGUUACCCAACAUAGAUUCGAUUUAUUUAGUAAAUAUUAAUAUUGUUAGUACAUCUCCGGUUCUCUUGCUCCUCCGGCCAUGAGUGCCAUCCUCCCCCGGAUAGAGCAGCUGUCCGCCCGGGUGGUGCGGAUCCUGGGCUGCAACCCGGGGACGAUGACGCUCCAGGGAACCAACACGUACCUGGUUGGCACCGGUCGAAGGCGGGUGCUGAUAGACACCGGGGAACCUUCUGUGCCCGAGUACAUCAGCAGUCUGAAACAGGCGCUGACGCAGUUCAACACCAGCAUCCAGGAGGUCGUCAUCACGCACUGGCAUUACGACCACAUGGGCGGAGUGGAGGACGUCUGCAGGGACGUGGCUGGUCCUGAUGUGUGCGUCAGCAAACUGCCUCGCUCCAGCCAAGUCGGGGAAACCGCCGGCCACAAGAGCUACACUUACCUCCGAGACGGAGACGUCAUCCAGACGGAGGGGGCGACGCUCAAAGUGAUGUUCACCCCGGGUCACAGUGACGACCACAUGGCCCUGCUGCUGGAGGAGGAGCAGGCGCUCUUCUCCGGAGACUGCAUCCUGGGCGAGGGCACGGCCGUGUUCGAGGACCUGUACGAAUACACAAAGUCCCUCCACGUCCUGCUGGACACCCGGGCCGACCUCAUCUACCCCGGUCACGGCCCCGUGGUUCAGGACGCCGGCGCCAAGAUCAGACACUACAUCGGCCACCGGCAGCAACGAGAGCAGCAGAUCAUGGCGGCCAUUCAGGAGGGAGCGGGGAAACCCUUCACCUCCAUGGAGCUGGUGAAGAUCGUGUAUAAGGACACGCCUGAAUACCUGCACCAAGCAGCCAACGUGAACCUCGUCCAUCACUUGAAGAAACUGGAGAAAGAAGGCAAGAUCAGCUGGGUUGAUGAGUCCUCAGAGAACAGAUGGAAGAGUAACCUGUGACGUCCGCCAGGACAAUGAAGGAAUUGAAAAUGACGAUGAGAUGGAAAUCGACCAAGAUGAGGAUGAUGACUAAAAGAAUCAAUCUGGUCAAUGGUUGAAAACUUUCACUGGAAAAAUGGAAAAAACCCUUCAUCUUGAUGUUUGUGGUUUUAAUGUCCUACGGUAGGUCUGGUGAUUGACCGACUAAUUAAUGCAGAAAUCUAGGAGUUUUUUUCUUUAGGGUGGUUUUGUUGCCUUGGAUGUGUCCAUCCAUCCAUCCAUCCAUCCAUCCAUCCAUCGUCUACCACUUUAUCCAUUGAAGUGUCACGGGGGGGCUGGAGCCAAUCCCAGCUGACAUUGUGCGAGAGGCGGGGUUCACCCUGGACAGGUC